GAAAAAAAUUAUGACUCAGGCCAACACGAUUGACCUCAUCCACAAGGACAAGUGCAACUCAGAUUCAUUGUUUGGGCGAACUUUUCCCCAUUUUCGGUGAAAGUCAAGAGCCUGCGGUGCGGAGAAACCACCCCUUCUUUCUUUACUACUACUCUUGAUUUUUUGUCCCAUUUCAAUUGUAAUCCUAUACUUAUUACUGCGCAAUACUUGGAGAAGAAGAACUCACUGAGGGGAAAUUGAUCUAGAGAAAAAAUCAAGAAACAAAAGCGAAGGGGACAAGAAGGAAGAUGCUGGAGAAAAUUGGGUUGCCUCCAAAGCCAUCGCUGAGGGGUAGUAGUUGGGUAGUUGAUGCCUCGCAUUGCCAGGGAUGUUCCUCGCAGUUCACUUUCAUCAAUCGCAAGCACCACUGCCGGAGGUGUGGGGGCAUAUUCUGUAACAGUUGUACCCAGCAAAGAAUGGUCUUACGCGGACAAGGUGAUUCACCGGUGCGUAUUUGCGAACCCUGCAAAAAGCUAGAAGAGGCUGCUCGAUUUGAAAUGCGACAUGGAUAUAAAAAUAGAGCUGCAAAAGGUGGCUCCAGAAAGAAAGAGGAUGAUAUUCUAAAUCAGAUUCUGGGUAAUGAGGAUAAACUUUUCUCAACACAAAGAACAGGCAGCACAUCAUCUUCUAACAUUGAACAAGGAGUCACUCAGGUUGAAGGAGGUGAUAUUGUCAGAAAUCUGUCUCUUGAUCAGCCAACUCGAAUGUUGACAGAGGUAGAAUCUGCUACCCCUGAGGAGUUGCGUGAACAAGCUCUGGUUGAAAAGCAGAAGUACAAAACUUUGAAAGCUGAAGGAAAGUCUGAUGAAGCCUUAAAAGCCUUUAAAAGGGGGAAAGAGCUUGAGAGGCAGGCUGCAGCAUUGGAGAUAUCUCUCAGAAAAAAUCGUAGAAAAGCUUUAUCUUCCAGUAACACAGAUGAUAUUCAGCAAAUUAAAGAUCAUUUUAGCGCAUCUGCUGACAAAAUUAAGCCCCCAGCUAUGAAGGGUAAAGAAAAGGAUGAUCUUUCAGCUGAACUCAAAGAAUUGGGGUGGUCGGAUGUAGAUCUUCGUGAUGCUGAGAAAAAACCUGCAACUUUGACCUUGGAGGGUGAGCUGUCUUCACUUCUCAGAGAAAUCUCUCAGAAGCCCGGUAAAGAGAAGCAAGCUAGCGGCACCGACAGGUCUCAGGUUAUUGUUCAUAAGAAAAAGGCUCUUGAUCUGAAGCGUGCAGGGAACCUUAUUGAGGCCAAGGAAGAAUUAAAGAGAGCUAAAAUUCUUGAGAGGAAAAUAGAGGAAGAAGAACUUUUGGGUGGGGCUGAUGAUUCUGAUGAUGAACUUUCAUCACUGAUGCGGGGUAUAGAUUCUGAUGGGCAUGAUGAUUUGUUAUCUGGAUAUAAAACUGAUAUGAAUUUUGAUUUCAAUAGCUUGCUUGGUAUUGCUGAUGAUCUUGGUGUGGAUGGAAAUUUUGAAGUGACAGAUGAGGACAUGGAAGAUCCAGAAAUGGCAUCUGCACUGAAAUCAUUGGGUUGGGCUGAAGAUGAUGCCUAUUCUGAUGAUAUUCAUGGUCCUGUUUCAUCGUCUAGCAGUGAAUCAUUACUAACUGAGAUUCAGUCUUUGAAACGAGAGGCUCUAAAUCAGAAAAGGGCAGGCAAUACUGCAGAAGCAAUGGCACUGCUAAAGAAGGCAAAAGUACUUGAAAGAGACCUUCAGAAAAAUUCAGACUCCCAAUCUGUGGAAGAACCAUUCUUUUCCACCGCGGAAAGUGCUGAAAAUGUUGGUCGUAGGAAUGAUAAAGGCCCAAAACCGGCUCCAAAGAGUAAAUUGACAAUCCAGAAAGAGCUUAUCGCUCUGAAAAAGAAGGCUCUAACUCUCAGGAGGGAGGGUAGACUGGAUGAGUCAGAAGAAGAACUGAAAAAGGCUAAGGUUCUUGAAGAACAACUUGAAGAGAUGAAUAAAUCUCCUGUUGUUGCACAGCCAAGUACUGGCAGUAGGCAGGCUUACACUAUGACACAGACUGCUGUGGGUGAUGGAGACGAAGCGGAAGUAACAGAUCAAGAUUUGCAUGAUCCAACUUACCUUUCUCUGUUGAAGAACUUGGGGUGGGAGGAUGAAGAUAAUGUGAAAGUUCCAUCCACCACCAUAAUGGAAGCAAAUGACAAAGUUUCAUCUGUCAUAUCGAAAGAAAACAUAGUGGCCCCAAAUUAUGCAAGUAGUUCCUCUAUUACACAAUCUGUUGUCAAUGUAGAAACUGGGACAUCUAGAAAAAGUAAGAGUGAAAUCCAGAGAGAACUAUUAUCAUUGAAAAGAAAAGCACUUACUCUGAGACGCCAAGGAGAUACUGAGGCAGCUGAUGAAGUGCUCGAAAAUGCGAAAUCAUUGGAGGCACAGUUGCAAGAGUAUGAAAAACCAACACAAAGAGAAGUUUCAUCUACAAAUGAUGGAGGAGAUGCAUCCUUUGGUGCUCUGCAAAAUACCAAAUCUUCUACUCAGGUGGAUCUGCAUGAAAACAGAAUGGGAGAUUCGCGAAACCAAGACAAGGUUAAACUUGAGAAACCUGAAGAGAUAUUUCCUGAGAAAGAGAAGUUGUAUAUUCAUGACCUCAGCUCUUCUCAGUCAACAGGUUCCCAACUGCAUUCUAGUUCCGUCCAAGAAGAAAUCUCAGCUCUGAAGAAGUCUCACAUUGAUGAAUUGAACUCUUCUCGAGCAACAGAUUCUCAAACACAUUCUAGUUCGGUCAAACAAGAAAUCUUGGCUCACAAGAGGAAGGCAGUCGCCUUGAAGAGAGAAGGAAAGUUGGCAGAAGCCAAAGAGGAGCUCCGGUUGGCAAAGCUCUUGGAAAAGCAAAUGGAGGGCGAUACAUCUCAAAGUAGCAUCAAAUCUACUGAUGCGCCAGUCUCUGAUGUUUCUUCUAUGGACAGAAAGGAAGCAAGUCCUAGUUCAGCUCCCAAACCGUUAUCCAGCCGUGAGAGGUUCAAACUGCAGCAGGAGUCCCUUAGUCACAAGCGCCAAUCUCUUAAGCUAAGACGAGAAGGUAAAAUAGCUGAAGCUGAUGCUGAAUUCGAACUGGCAAAAGCUCUAGAAACCCAGUUGCAAGAAUUGGAUUCUCAUGAUUCUGCAGUGUCUUCCAAAAGUGCCGAACCAGAUGAUGUUAGCAUUGAGGAUUUCCUCGAUCCUCAGCUUUUAUCUGCUUUGCAAUCAAUUGGACUAGAAGAUGCACGAACUGCAUCUCAGGGCACACAAAGACCAGAGUCAACCAAAUCAAACAUAGAUAAUACUGAAAAUGUUAACAUAGAGAGAGAGCAAUUGCUACAAAGAAUCAAGGCAGAGAAGGUUAAGGCAGUGAACUUAAAACGUUCUGGAAAGCAAGCUGAGGCUAUGGAUGCCCUGAGGCGUGCCAAGCUUUAUGAAAAGAAGUUGGAGUCCUUAACUCCAAACUGACUCGUUCUUGGCAUGUCUUCCAAGAUUGUGGAUCUUCUCAGUUCAUGUCCUGAGCUCUAAACAAACAAAAUUUUUUGAACAUAAUUUAGAUGAAAACUUGGGCUUAAGUGCAGUUUGAGGUCAGCCCAGAUGAAUGUGCUCUGCUGCAUGUUGGAAUGAAAGGUUAAACAUUAAAUGGUUGUCCUCAAGCAACUUAUCCCGUGCAACACAUACCAAUAACCCUUUAGACAUUGUUGAGAUAAUAUUUUGUAAUUAUGUUCCCAAGUUUUAGAGUUGCUGCUCAAGAUAGAAAUUUGGAAUUGGUCCUUAGGUUGUUCCAUUUUUCUUGUCAAGAAUGUACCAUUUGAGUGCCGAAUAUAAUUGAUAUCAUAUGUCUUCCCCUUGUGUUUGAAUGAA